AUGCCGUUCCCAAGCAAAGCAUGCAAGACAUGCAAGGCUCGUCGAGUGAAGUGUGAUGAGACACGGCCGCGAUGCAAUAGAUGCCUAAAAGCAGAUCGGGAGUGUUAUGGCAUGCCCACGGUUGGCGAGCCCGAUCAUGUAUAUCACCUAGAAAAUGCUUUCGCAAGCGGUGUCAAGAAACGGCCUCGAGGGCCAAGACCACGACCAACCCCAGCAGCUCAGCCUACAGCCCCUAGAAAAGAAUCUACAAAACAAAUGUCUCUCGAUUUGAAAACCCAAGCAGUGCAGUACUAUAUGGAACAUCACCUCUGCACAUUCGAAGACGCACCUGAUCUCGUGAAAGGCGUCUACGAUUUCCCAUCUCUGUGGAUCUCCCUGAAGAAAUACCCAAUCCUCGACCUCGCCAUCUCGUCAAUAGCACUUGCCGUAUUCUCACGUGCAAAGGACCAUCCAGCAGCCUCAAUAGAGGCUAACGAAAGCUACCACCGACUUUUAAAACUUACACAGCAAACCAUUUUCUCUCUGGACGAGAGCAAUGUCGAUAUUUGCUUGCUGGCAAUCUUCUUCAUGGGACGUUACGAGCAAGUCGUCCACAGUCCGGAACCGUCACAUUUGCAGUUGAAGUUCCCACUGCAUUCAUGUGCCCAGAGUUUUUCGCAUCAUGAUGGGAAUCUGGCGAUUUUAAAGAGUUGGAAGGAGCAUUCGAGUGAGAAGCUGCCUGCUACGGAUGUCAUCAAGCGUGUUAGGAGGGGUAUGAUUAGGUCUGCAUUGUUGCGGAAUAUUGCGCUGCCGCAAUGGAUUGUUGAUGGUUCACAGUUUGGGGAGAGGGGUUUAGAGCUGGAGUAUGAUCGUUUGAUGGUGCGGCUUGUCGAAGUUCGUGAGCGACUGACCACAAUUGCGGACGAACAGAUACAGCGAGGAUUUUUGUCUCCAGAAUUCAUAUCCUUGGCGAAGGAACUGGAUACAGAAGCACAAGAGGUUGACUUGAAAUUGCAAGACUGGGCGACUCGAUUCCCUAAAUCCUGGGCAUACCAGCGACAAACCCUAGAAGACCCACUUUCAUACCCGACGAAAGACUUUUAUUCAUCAAAUGUCCUUACUUAUCAAAGCCUUGGACACGCCGCUGUAUGGAAUCUAUAUUUCGCAACAAGAAUCCUGGUCAACUGCACUCGCCUCAGUAUUCUCGAAUUCAGCGAUCAUGAUAACAAUAAGCAACGAACUGAAUGCUUGAACAUUAUCAACAACGCAGCGACCGACCUCGCGUCGAGCAUUCCGUUCUGUCGCCAGAUCAUUUGCAAUUCAGAUAACCAGGGCUCAACUUUAGGCCCAAAACCUUUCACUAUCAACCACAAAGCGAGCGAAGAGGAAGAGCAACAUGUCACUGUGACAAUUGUAUGGCCAUUGUCGAUCGCGGCAGGGCUUGGUCGUAUGGCGGUGAAACCAAGAGCCUGGUUUCGUGCUGAGCUGGCUCGGAUCGGACGAAUCAUUCAUGAUUCGAUUCUUGCUGAUGCUGAAAAUAACGAGUGGCUACAAAAAUGA